AUGUAUGCUUUCAAGACAGCGAAUGGGAGUGUCUUCACUCUUGUUCUCCUAUUUGCGCUAGCGGCAACAUCUGCAUUUUUCUCUGCUGUGGAGGACCACGGCCAAUCUAAAUCCUCAGUCCAUCACAACCACGUCUCCCCGAAAUCGUCCUCUCCAUCCCCGGACAUAUCCGUUUCGCAAGCCCGGGAAGUCCAUCUACUUGAACGUACACUUCCUAAUGGAGGACCCAUACAGACCACAAACGCUCGCGAUUGGGAGAUCAGAUACCGCCAGUACUUCAGCUUCAUUAUCCCUGUCCAAGUCGCGGCCUCAGUGCUUGAGGAAUUCUAUACCAGCUGUCUCCGGCGGAUAGCCCUGAACCAAUUCCGAAACAGACCUGCCCCUGGAAAUGCUUUCACUUUUACCAUGGGCAGCGUCUUAUUGGCGUUCAGGGCCGCAGAUCCGGAUCAAGGUCUUACAUGGUCGGCGUACGAGAUGAUCAUUGAUAACUUGUUGGCCAAUGCGAGGACAGGGUUUACAGCGCCGUUCAAAGCUGAGUGGUAUCAUCCGGAUUCGAACAAGCUUGUAUUGAUAUCAAAGGGCAUUCCUGAGGAGGAGAUGCAUCAUGAAAACUCCAUCACUGGUAACAGGAAUAAUUACGAAGGCUGUUCGUAUGGCACUAUACACGUCUCGACGUCUACAAUCCAGAUUGACACAGUGAACAAAUAUCAGCAAAUCAAGAAUAUCAACCGAUAG